AUGCAAGCAGUUCUUGCUUCUCUUCUUAUUGCCAAACCAUUGGCAAUUCGAACGGGACGGGCUGCUCCACAGCCGUGGACGAACUUCAACGACAACGGUGUCUUUUACCCAUCUCAGGAAGCCACUUCCUGGCGGACUGUGUACGGCCGCACCCUACAACUUUCGGACCAAUCCUUGUUACUUUCAUGGGAGGAUUACGAUCCAAGUGCCGAAUUGACGUACUUCCCGGUCUACAAAUCCACUGAUGGUGGAGCUUCAUUUCAGCCCUUCUCCAGAGUUGACGACCAAGUCAAUGGCUGGGGUAAUUGGUACCAGCCAUUCAUGUACGAACUUCCACAAGCGUUAGGAAACUUCCCAAAGGGUACAAUCCUACAUGCCGGAGUCUCCACGCCCCGAAACCUCUCGGCGGCAUACAUUGAAUUGUACGCCAGCACUAACCAAGGGGCGGAUUGGGAAUUUGUUAGUCACAUCGUUUACGGGCCAGGACCCGAAACCAUUGAUCGGGGAAACAAGGCAGUCUGGGAGCCAUUUCUAAUGAUUCAUGAGGGUGUGCUGGUUUGCUACUAUUCCACUCAAGUCGAUCCCAAACACAACCAGAAGCUAUCCCAUAAGACCACAACAGAUCUACGUAACUGGAGUAAUGAAGUCGACGAUGUUGCUCAGGCAGAUCCUGAAGUCCGACCCGGAAUGGCAACUGUAGCAUACAGCCCUGUGUCUAAGAAGUACGUAAUGACCUUCGAGUUCUGCGGUGGCCCAAUUGCGGGAGGCUGCCCAGUCUACUACAAGGUCUCCGAUGAUCCCCUUACUUUCGGGUCCGCUGGUCUACAGCCAAUCAUCCCGAACGACGGCCAGCUGAACCCGAACGGGAGCCCCUUUGUCAUCUGGACCCCAGAACCAGGAACGAACGGCAACAGUGGAAUCUUCAUCGCCAACGGUAAUAGCCGCGAGGAGAUUUUCGUCAACACUGAUGCUUUGGAUCCAAAUGGCUGGAGACCUAUCGAUGUUGGCCAAUGGCCAGCCUAUUCUCGUGAGCUUCGUAUCAUCAGUACCCCUGCUAGCAGCGCUGCGAACGGAGUGGCGAAGCUUCUUUUAACAAAUGGUGGUAACAUUGGUUGUUCCGAGUCAUGCUAUAACUUUGUGGCGAACGGAGUCGUAGAUAUUCCAACCUACCCUGCCUAG